AUGCCACCAAUUCGCAAAAAAGGCCCCCUAAAAUCCACUCAGGAUGAGGGAAAGAUCGAAUUAGCUAUUUCCGAUUUAAAAAAUGGAAGAAUUCGCAGUAUUCGUGAAGCUGCAAGAAUCUAUAUGGUUGCUCGUACAACUCUUCAAGAUCGAAUGAAAGGAGUGCCGUAUCGACAAAUAACACGCGCCAACAACCAUAAAUUGAGUCAAUCUGAGGAGGAUUCGCUUGUCAAAUGGGUGCUUGAUUUAACUAAACGUGGAUUACCGCCCCGGCACUUUCUCGUACGAGAUAUGGCUAAUUAUCUUCUCUCACAACAUGGAGAUCAACGGGUUGGAAAUAAAUGGGUAUAUAAUCUUGUUCAACGUCGCCCAGAGAUUGAAUCCAAAUUCUCACGAAAAUACAACUACGAACGUGCCAAAUGUGAAGAUCCAAAGAUUAUACAAGGCCAUUUUGACCGCGUACGAGAUAUAAUAUCUGAGUACGGCAUCUUACCAGAAGAUAUCUAUAAUUUUGAUGAGACGGGCUUUGCUAUGGGACUCUGCGCAACUGCAAAGGUUAUUACUGGAAGCGAUCGAUAUGCUCAGCCAAAGCUUCUACAGCCUGGAAAUCGAGAAUGGGUGACUGCAAUUGAGGCAACAAAUUCAACCGGAUGGGCUCUGCCUUCGUACGUGAUUUUCAAAGCAAAGAAAAACGUACGAUUAGGCUGGUUUGAUGAGCUUCCGGAUGAUUGGAGAAUCAAUAUUAGCGAUAAUGGCUGGACUACAGAUCAGAUAGGAUUAGAAUGGCUUAAAACCCAUUUUAUUCCUCUUACUAGUGGUCGUACAUUGGGAACAUAUAGUAUGUUGAUUCUUGAUGGCCAUGGAAGCCAUUUGACUGCAGAAUUUGACCGUACAUGUACGGAUCAUAAGAUUAUUCCAGUCUGUAUGCCUCCUCAUUCUUCACAUCUCUUACAGCCUCUUGAUGUUGGCUGUUUUGCAGUUCUAAAGCGAUAUUAUGGGCAGCUUGUUGAACAACGAAUGAGGCUUGGUUUUAAUCAUAUUGACAAAAUCGACUUCUUAACAGCAUUUCCACAGGCUCGUACAGUGGCAUAUAAAGCUCAAACUAUUCGGAAUAGCUUCGCAGCCACCGGAUUAGUGCCUUUCAAUCCAGAUCGAGUUCUUCAACAUCUCAAUAUUCAAUUGAAGACUCCAACCCCCCCUCCAAGUCGAUCAAGCAAUACAGCAUCAUCCUGCUUACAAACACCUCAAAAUAUACGCCAAUUUGUACGCCAGUCAACUACAAUCAAUAAGCGUAUAAAUAAGCGUACAGGAAGCCUGAAUCAGAAUGAAGAAAUCAAUCAGGCAGUUAUACGGUUAUCAAAAGCCUACGAAAUACUAGCGAAUGAUGCUUUACUCGUACGGAAAGAAAACCGUGAUUUACGAGCUGCGCAUGAAAAAGAGAAGCAAAAGCGCAAAAGAUCUAAUAAACAGAUAUCUAUUGAGCAAGGGAUUACUAGAGAGGAAGCUCAGGCGCUCGUACAAGGUCAGGUUGAGGCAUCUCAUGCUGUUACUACUACUCUGGCUGAGCCGGAGCUCCCAGCUUCUCAAGCAGUCAGAGUUAUUUUCCGGAGAGGUGGCCGGUUCGCUUACAUGGCCGGUUCGCUUACCGAUUACGUUAUCUUAUCGUCCAAGGGUUGCUGA